UAUUCAUUUAGGGACCAGUUUUAAAAACGGAAGUUUACAUUUUGCGACUGCACGUGUUGAAUGUAAUUUUCUUUAGACAGUACACUUUGACUCGAAUAAUCAUUUGGUAAAACACAAUGAUAUAAGAUGGGUGUGACUAAGCAGUACCUGAGGUAUAUACCAGGGCCAUCAUUUGGUGUGAUAGGUAGUUCUAAAGCCAACAUAUUAUUCCUGGACGUCCGCGGAGUGAGAGGGAAAUAUUGUGCAGUGGGAGCAUGUGAAGAUGUUAUUGUAUGGGAUUUAAGGACUGGAGAAAAGUUCAACACACUAAAAGGAGAAAAGCAUGAAGUUACAGCUUUAGCCAAGUCACCAGAUAAGAAACAUAUAGCAGUAGGUUAUAACGAUGGAAUGGUCAAAGUAUUUGAUGUGGCUAGUGGUGAUCUUGUUGUCAAUUUUAGUGGACACAAAUCUACUGUUACCACCCUGUCUUAUGAUCACCAGGGGAUGAGGCUUGUGUCAGGAGGAAAGGACACAGAUGUAAUUGUUUGGGAUAUUGUGAAUGAAGCUGGUCUUUUCAGAUUGAAAGGUCACAAAGGUCAAAUUACUCAACUGUCAUUUCUGAAACAGAAGGAUGUUUUGAUUACUAGUUCUAAAGAUACUUUUGUGAAGUUUUGGGACUUGGAGACUCAGCAUUGUUUUAAAACAUUAGUAGGACACAGAAGUGAGGUGUAUGGUUUUGUGGUUGUACGUAAUGGACAGAGAUUAAUUACAGGGUCAGCAGAUAGUGAACUUAGAGUUUGGGAUAUAGAUUACUUAGAUACAGAGCAGGAUGAAGAACCUGAGGCAAAGAGACCCAGAGUAGAAACAAUGUCAGAUGAAGAAGAGGAAGAAGAAGAAAUGAAUAUUUUAAAAUGUAAAAAGAUUGGUUCAGUAAUGAGAAAAGGCAGACACAGAGUGGUUUCCAUGGCAACAGAUGAAACAGGAAGUGUACUUGCAUGUCAUGGAACAGAUCACGUUUUAGAGGUUUUCAGUUUACCAAGCACUGAAGAAUUAAGGAAACAUUUAGCCAAAAGACAGAAAAGAUUAAACAAAAAAUUGAAGGAUGAAGAUGAAGAAGUAAAGGCAGACCUGAAAUUAGAAGAUGAAAUAAGUCAUGCUAAUAAUGUAAAACUAUCAGCCAAACUAUCCUCUUUUGAUAUCAUAUUAGAAGGACCAGCACAAACAAAGGUUCUUGCUUUGUUAAAUAACAAUACCAUUGAAAGUUGUUGUGUAAAUCAACGUGAUAAAAAUGGGGAGAUAACUAAUAGCCAGAAACUAAUGAUGGCUGGUCACCGUACUGAUGUAAGGACAAUAUGUACCAGUUCUGAUAAUACUGCUAUCCUGUCUGGAAGUGGGGAAACAGUUAAAAUAUGGAAUAGAUCAACAUUACAGUGUAUAAGAACCAUGGAGUGUGAUUAUGCUUUGUGUUCUUUAUUUGCACCUGGUGACAGAAUUGUUAUUGUGGGAACAAAGGGUGGUAAACUGCAGUUGUUUGAUGUAGCAAGUGGUGUUUUGCUGGAUACUAUAGAUAGCCAUACAACUGCUGUAUGGGGUAUAUGUAUGGCACCAGAUAAGAGAGGUGUAGUAACUGGUAGUGCAGAUAAAACUGUCAAGUUCUGGAACUUUGAGAUGGUAUCAGAUGAGACAUAUUCUGAAUCAAGUAAAAGAUUAAGUUUGGAGCAUGUGAAGACACUUCAGAUGGAUGAAGAUGUGCUAGGUGUAAAGUACAGUCCAGAUCAAAGAUAUAUAGCUGUUGCGUUGUUGGACAAUACUGUCAAGGUUUUCUUCACAGAUACCUUAAAGUUUUUCCUAUCUAUGUAUGGACAUAAACUACCAGUUUUGUGUUUAGAUAUAUCAUCAGAUAGUUCACUGCUAAUUACUGGAUCAGCUGAUCGUAAUGUCAAAAUCUGGGGCAUGGAUUUUGGUGACUGCCAUAAGUCAAUAUUUGCUCAUGAUGACAGUAUAAUGUGUCUACAGUUUGUAGCUAAAACACAUCUGUUCUUCACUGGAGGGAAGGAUGGCAAGAUUAAACAAUGGGAUGCUGAUAACUUUGAACAUAUUACUACACUUACUGCUCAUCAUGCAGAAAUAUGGAGCUUGACAGUUAGUUCAGCAGGUCACUUUAUGGUCAGUGGAUCCCAUGACAAGUCAUUGAGAUUGUGGGAAAGGUCAAAAGAACCAUUAGUUUUAGAAGAGGAAAGAGAAAUGGAAAGAGAAGCAGAAUAUGAAGAUUCUGUUGCACAAUCAGGAGAACCUGUGGUGGCAGGGGAGACAAACACUGAAGUAGGGCUAGCAGGAAAGAAAAGUAUUGAAACAGUAAAAGGGGCUGAAAAAAUUAUGGAAGCUUUAGAACUCUAUAAAGAGGAAACAUUGAAGUUAGAACAACAUGCAGAGGAGUGUAAAGAGAAAGGAAAGGAGCUACCUCCGCCAACACCACAUCCCAUGUUACUGGCUCAUAAUGUGUCAUCACCAGCCAGAUUUAUGUUAGUCAUGUUAAAGAAAGUUAGAUCAAGUGAACUUGAGGAAUCACUGCUGGUGCUGCCCUUUUCCUAUGUGAUUGACAUGCUUAAAGUGUUGGAGGUUUUUAUAGACUCAGGAUGGGAAAUAGAACUCUCUUGUAGAUGUUUAUUCUUCCUUCUACGAGUUCAUCAUGGACAAAUAACAUCCAAUCAGGUCUUACUCCCUGUGAUAGAUAGACUAAGGACAAAAACAGUGGAUCAAGUCAACAAACUUAGAGACCAGAUAGGCUUCAAUAUAGCAGGAUUACAGUUUAUGAAGGGACAUAUUGAAGAAUCUCAGGAGGUUCAAUUCUUUAUGGAUGCUAGUGGACAAUAUAAUAAAAAGAAGAAGAAAGAAAAGAAAAAAGCAAUUUUAUCUAUUAAAACAUAAAAAAUGUU